AUGGAGGCUCCAGAACCCACCUUCCCUGCUCCAGCUACCAGGGACCAGACAGUUCCUAUGCCUGGACCCACGGGGGCCCCGAGUGGUCAGGCCUCUCCUCGUCUUACCUUGGGGCCCAUCAUCCUGCCUCCGGAGCAGGGCCUUCCCCCUGCCAUGAUCCUCAAAGCUCUGCCUAUCCCGCUGUACCAUACGGUGCCUCCUGGGGGCCUCCAGCCACGUGCCCCGCUGGUGACAGGCAGCCUGGAAGGGGGCACGAUGCCCUUCAUCCUUAGUCCCCUGCUGCAGCCUGAAGGGCCUGGGUCGGCCCAGGUGGGCAAGCCAGCCACUCCAGCCCUGACAGUGAACAUCGUGGGCACCCUGCCUGUCCUGUCCCCGGGGCUGGGGCCCGCACUGGGCAGCCCUGGCAAGGUGCGGAAUGCUGGCAAGUACCUGUGCCCGCACUGUGGCCGUGACUGCCUGAAGCCCAGUGUCUUGGAGAAGCACAUCCGGUCCCACACGGGUGAGAGGCCCUUUCCCUGCGCCACGUGUGGCAUCGCCUUUAAGACCCAGAGCAACCUGUACAAGCACAGGAGGACACAGACGCAUCUCAACAACUCCCGGCUGUCCCUGGAGUGUGAGGCAGGUGGGAGCAGUGUCUCGGAGGAGGGGAACAGGGCUGGAGAGCCCUCCGCAGGGGACAGCAGGCCAGAGAACUGGAGCCAGAGAACGAGUGAUGGAGCACCAGGGAGGCCUCUUUCCCCGGGUGCCCAUCUGUCCCUUGAUGUCAAGAACCUAGAAGCGAAGGCGGAAGUCGCUCCCCCAGUAGGUUCCAUACCUGCAGGAAGAGAGGGUCCUACGGACUCCUCCCAGACGACAUUGCCUGGUCUCCCGCUGGCCACCACACAGUCUUGGCGGAAGCUGCCAGAAGCAAAACCAGGCUCCCUGCAGCGGCAGCAGGAGAUGUCCUCGGAGAAGCCCUGGGACGCCAAGGCCUCCGAGGGCCGGCUAAGGAAGUGCGAGAGCACCGACUCGGGCUACUUGUCUCGCUCAGACAGUGUGGAGCAACCGCCGCCGCCCUCCAGCCCCCUGCACAGCCUGUCGGAGCACAGCGCAGAGUCCGAGGGGGAGGGAGGCCCGGGCUCAGGCCCUGGGCGCACGGGAGCCGAGCCCGCAGCACCAGCGGCCAGCGUGGAGCUGGAGAAGAAGCGGCUGGAGGAGCGCAUCGCCCAGCUCAUCUCCCACAACCAGGCCGUGGUGGAUGACCCCCAGCUGGAUCAUGUGCGGCCCCGCAAGACCGUCCUGUCCAAGCAGGGCAGCAUUGACCUGCCCAUGCCCUACACCUACAAGGACUCCUUCCACUUUGACAUCCGGGCACUGGAGCCUGGCCGCAGGAGGGCCGCCCUCAGCCCAGCCUGUUCCACCUUCACCGCUCUGGAUAAGUCCCGGCCCCUCUUCUUCCACUCUGUGCCCACUCAGCUCUCCAGCACGGUGGAAUACGUCCCGGUCACCAGGAGCAACUCGCUGCCCUUUGUUGAGGCCUCCAGCACGUGGCCAGAGCCUCGAGAUCGGCAGGACACCUGCCCCACGAUGCAGAAGCCCCUGAGCCCCAGGCUGGCCCCAGCCCGACUGGGUUGCCGCUCUGGGCUGACCUUGGCGGGUGUCUCCAGUGGCCACCCCCGGGCCCUGGUGAGACAGGCUGCCGUGGAGGAUGUGUUCUGCACCCCCACCUCAGAUCCUGUUGCCCCCACAGAGAGCCUGGAUGGAAAGAGAAUUGCCCCCGGGGAGGGGGUCCCUUGCACGAGCAGGGGGUCCGGUAAGAAGUGCGGCCAGAGGAAGCCGAAGAUGUUCUCCCAGGAGAAGUGGCAGGUGUAUGGCAAUGACACGUUCAGGAGAAUCUACCAGAAAAUGAAAGCCAGCCAUCAGGGAGUGCGGAAAGCCAGGGACGGACCAGGGGGCCACGGGACAGAGCUGCCUCCUCCGCAGAAAGAGGCAGCAGAGUCCAAGGGGGCAGCCCCGUCUCAGGACAGUGGAACACCUGUCCUUGGAGACGCUUCUGUAGCGGCCAAGCCAGUGUCUCAGGGAAGUCCACCAGCUCCAGAGGGCCCCGUAGAUCCUGAGUCCCCUGAACUUGGGAGGACGGGGUCCAGAGCAGAAGCCAGGGACCAGCUCAGGAUGGCCAGGGCUGUGUCAUCCCCCACCCUUGGCAGCAGGGUUCCCUCAGGCUCAGGCAGUAGGAGUCCUCUGCUUUCUCCAAACGGGCAGCAGGAGCUGAGGUGGCAGCUGCCCCUGGUGCCUGGGCCCCUACAUGAAGGUGACUUGGGUGCUCCCAGGCCAGCUGUGUCAGACCUCCAGCUGGAAGGGGGCGUUUCUGGGGAUGGAGGUGUGAAGGAGACACACCCACGGGCUUCAGCUGUGCUGAGACGGCCUGGGGGUGGCUCUGGGGAGCCCUGGCCUGCAGAGGACAAACUCCCCUCGGAAAGGAAGAAGCUGAAGGUAGAAGGGCUGAACCCUCAGGAGCAGCUGGGGCCCCUGGCAGCAGAGAUUUCAGGUGCCUCUGCUCAGGAUGCCUCUCUGCCCUCCCAGAGGCAGGACAGUGACCCUAGGGAGAUAGCAGGUGUGCCACAGGAGCAGGCCAAGAAGGUGGCUGAUCAUUUGGCACCCUCUGGCACCUUCUCAGCUGCUCUUGCUGCUGCCCAAAGGCAGGCAGGGCUGGAGGGCAAGGAGCCCACACUGCCCCCUGCUGUGGGGGCUGCCGGGCAGCAUUCCCAGCAGGUCUCCCGGUCGCAGGCUCCCCACAUAUUCCCAGCUAUGGCAGGCAGCAGCUUUCCUCCUAAGUACCUCCUUAGGUUACCUCAGGGAGACACCCCCUCCCCACUGCCUGUCCCUGUAGUGUCCAUACAAGGCCAACACUCUCUGUGCACAGCUGGGCCACCCAAGGAACUGGGGAUGCCCUGGCCUCCUGGCCUGGCCUCAGACCCAAUCCUAGGCGAGGUGGAUGGCAGCCCAGAGGAGCCCAGCUGCUUCAGGCCAAGGGAUGGAAAGAGCAAGACGCCUUUGGGAAGAGAAAAGCAAGCAGAGACUGACGCAUGCAUCCUGGCACCUGUGCAGUCUCCUGGCUCAGCCCCGGGGCCCCCUCGGGACACAGCCUCUCUCCUACCUGUCUCCACGUGUGACACCCUUGCAGUCCAGGACAAGGGAGGUGAGCCCUAUGACACCUGUCACUCCUGCACAGACAGCACAUCAGCAAGGACCAGGACCUCUGGGGGUGUCCUAAAGACUCAGGCAUCCGGCAGGGAGCUGCAGCGGUGUCCUGAAGAUGUCUCAGAAGACCCUCCCUUGAAAGUCAGCCCCUGCUGCUCUGUCCAGCCCGGCUCCUUCCCCAUGGCCCGCUCAAGGCCACAGCCCUUGCCCCUGGGCCACCUAACACUGUCUCUGACGCCCAACUUAGGGACCCUUGGGAGCUGUGGGGCGCAGAGUCCCUUCCCCUCCCUGAGGGCUGAGCCCCAGCUCACAUGGUGUUGCCUGAGGCGCAGCCUGCCCCUGCCUCAGGAGCAGAAGGAGAAGGCUGCUUCCGUGUACUCAGCUCUGCACUUCCCUGGCGGCAGCCUCCAGGGUGGAGGUCCUGAUGCCCAGCCCCUGAACGGUGGAGAACACAUCACUGCAGGGACGCGGACCCAGGACCUGACAUUGGACCCAGAGUGGAAGAAAGGCCUGUCUCGCAGGAGGACAAAGACAGUCUGCAGGAACAGCAAGCAGAGAAAGCUGAAGACCAAUCCAAAAAGCAACGGGGUCCGCGCCACAGGCGCUCCCCCUACCCCCGCCCGCCUUCACCCCGAACCCUGGAGGCUGGCAAAGUGCGCGGAGGGUCCGCUGCGACAAGCACGCUUCCUGCCCCUGCGGGCUGUUUCCUCCCGGGCUUUUCCUCCUCCGGUGGUCAGCACGGCCCGCGGGGUCAGCGGGUGGUUCGGGUCCCUGGUCCUGCCCGGUCCCCUGGUUCGUUCCCCUGGACCUGGCUCCGUGCGGCUCACACGCGCACAGACGCGUGUACACGCGACAGCCCCCGCCCGCACACGUCUCGGCUCCCCAGGCUCGCAGGAGCCACAGGAAGACGGGGGAGGGAGCGGGACCUCGGCCACCUCGCCUGUCACCUACACCCCCGCUUCCGGCCGCUAG